AGGCAUGUGCUGCAGGGCCCAAGCCCCUUGCGCGGGCGCCCCCUCGGCCAGCCGGGCGGGCCCCCAGCAUGCCCGGCCCAAACGCCGAGCAGGCUGGGCGGCGUCAGGGCUGGUGCCGGCUGGCAACCUCUGCAGGCAGUACCAGUUCGGAACGUGCGGGCUGGGCGCGGCGUGCCCGCUGCUGCAUGUGCAACCUCCGAGCGGCGUGCCGGGGCCUCCGGGCGGCGCCACGCCCAGCGAGUCGUCGAGCAACCGCGCCAGCCGCGCCAGCCGCGCCAGCCCGGCGAUCCAGGCCACCGCGAUCCAGGGGAGCGGCGACGACGGGGGCAGCGAGAGCGCCUGGAGCUGGACCUCGAGCUCGGGCAGCCGCAGCUGGGCGGACCAGUCCGAGGAACUGUGGGGCGGCGCGCAGGCGCAUGCGCAGGCGGCCCCGCCGUUCGGCGGGGGCGGCGAGGUCUCUUCCGCGGCCGGCCGCCGCCUCGUCCAGGCGACCCGCUUGCAGACCGGCGGCUCCUCGGCCGGGUUCUCGGGGCCCUGGGCCAGCAUCCCGGCCGGCGGCGGCGAGCUCCCCGUCUUCAACAACCGCGUAUCGGGCAUCCCCGAGUUUAUCCCAGGCGUCGACGGCGGCGUUUCGACAUUGGCUCCGAGCAAGGACGCGGAGGCGCAGCAAGAGCCCAAGUCCAAGUCGGCCGCACGGCGGAAACAGCGGACGAUGAUGGAGAAGUGGACCGAGAUGAAGGCAAGGAACAGCGCCACGUCUCUUCCUGUGGUGGAGUUUCUGUCCAACUGGAAGGUGUACGCCCCGCCGCCUCAGACACGGCGUGAGCCGCGGACAGAGUCUGCCUCACCAAGACGACCUGCUGCCCCGCCCGCGUCGCCGAGGAAGCAGAGGCAGAAACACGAGCAGGAUCCCGACGACUCUGGGAACGAAGGCGGGUUCCAGAACACGAAGGUGUCGCUGUGAUCCAUGGCGUUUUUUCCUUGCGGCUGCCCCCAAAGGGGGGCGCCGAAAAGCAGGUACGCGUCGAAGGGCAUCGGUGUUCUCUCAGCAGGCCGCGGCCUGCUGCUUGCAUCCCGACGGUUGCGGGGCCGCCCGUCUCAGGGCCGUUUUGGCGGCAUUUUGGGAUCUCUGCGGCCGCUUCGGACAGUUUUAGGCAAUGUUUGCCCAAUCUUGGCACCUCCGGGACCCAUUUUAGAAAACAUGCGCCCGCGAGUGCCGAGUGGGCCCGGUUGCAUUGUUGUGUCGAGGUCUUGUGAGUCCAGUGCCGCGCGGUGUCGUUAUAUUUCUUAGCCAGCGCCUUACUGGAGAGCUUGCUGGCUCAGGGCCCCGCUCAGAUGGGCGGCCCUGUUUAACUACGCAUCCCGAAAUUGAAGAGAGUGGGCGACAGUUUGCCAGCCGAUAACGGCAGGCUGUCCAGCUUCAAUUCUACGCAUGCACAGGUGGCCUCAUGUUGUCUAGUACGAUGUGACUUGCAUUCGGAGUGUAGCUUUGUGGUUGGCAGUGAAUCCAGUUGUUCGCCAGCGAGAACUUUGGCAGAGGAAUACUCUUCUACGCUUCCUUCCUCCGGUCUGUGUUUGCGGGGGAGGCGAUGGCUCUGGCUGGCAGCUCUGAAGCCAUCACCAGCGUCGUUGCUGUUGUGGUUGGUGGGUUUUUCUGUCUAGAGCCGCAGACUGCGGAUUGCAGGCCUCAGCACAUAGCCUGCAUUACAGAAAACACCAACGCAGCACAAUUCCUGUCCUGCAUCUUGCAGCUUCCUCGUUUUGUUUCGCGUGGCUGAAUGCCUAGCGGUCAGCUCAUUUCAGAACACUAAGACAGCGAGCUCAAGACGAAGACUAGUAUCGUGCGAGGUGGUGAUCAAAA